AUGAGCUUUUCACUCACAUUCACCGAGCUGGUCAACAUUGCCAUACCACAGUGUGGAGUGGUGAAUUUCAAGGCCCUGCACCUCCUGCUCCAGGGCAUCCUGGAGCACAUCCACAUGUCUGAACUCAAGAAGGUCCUCUCCGGGGAUGAAGACUUCCUCCAGACCUCACAGGUUGUACUCGUCCCCAGGGAAGGAGACGCCCAGCCCGUCCUUAACCCCAUGAAACGACUCAGCAACAUCUUCGACCACUUGGUGAGCCGUGUGGACAAGAUAGAGAGUCAGCUGACCAUCGUCAAAGACCUGCCCUCCACCACCCAGCUGGUGGAAGGCAGCCAGGGGACCAACCGGCCUGCCCAGGACCUGUGGAACCUGAUCAAGCUCCGGAAGAUGGUGGAGGGCCAUGAGGAAGCCAUGGAAAAGUCCAUGCAGACCCUGCAAGAUUUACUCACUGACCUUCACCAGCUCAAAGUCACCAUUGAAACACUCAAGAAGGAUGUGGAUCUACUGAAGGAUAUAUUUGAGAAGAUAAACCCAGAAAAAACGGAUCACUUGUCUGAAAACUUGAAAAUACAGAAUCAGAAGAUUAGUACACUGCAGCAAGAAGUGGCUCAUCUCCAGAAAAAGACUUGCACCAUCCCCAAUUCUGAGGAUGUGGUGCUCUGGAGUAGCCUCCAUGAGGCCAUGUUCAAGCCUGGUGCUUCACUGGAGAAGGAGCUGACCAAGACAUGGCAGACCACAGAGCAGCUCCCGGAGGAGGUCCCAGAGGAGGACCAGAGCCAGGACCUGGAGGAUAGAAGCCACACUCAGGUCUCAGACUCCAUCCAAGAGCAGACUUCUGGGCAGUAUGAGGCCUUAUCGGAGGAGGAGGAGGAGGCUGCACAGGCAGUUUCACUGGACAGUGCCCAAGGGCCAGGCCAGCUUCAGACCUUCAUGCCUGGGGCAGGGCCUGUGCCAGGGCCGGAAGCUGAGUCCAUGCCUGCACUGGGACCUGGUGUGACACCUGGUUUCAUGCCAGCACCUGGAACUGCCCCAGGCACUUGGCCCUUACCACCAGGAGGCUGGUCUGGACCCACAGGCUUGCCUCAUGUGGUUACUUGGCCGUUCUUGGACUUAUUCCAGCAUGCCCAGGGUCCAUCGGCCUCCCCUCAGGGCCAGCUCUUCAGCGCCCCACCCCCGGCUAGGGAGAUUGGGUCCUCAUGGCCUAGUCCACUGAUGCCACACCAGGCCCUCAAGAGAGAGGUCCACCGGCUCCCAACUCUCACAGAAAAGCAAGAUGAAUAUUACACCGGCUCUGUGGGAGUCUCUCAGGAUGGAGUCCCAGGGGACGAGGCCCAAGAAGCACGGCCAAAGCGUGUCCGGCCUGCCCAGCAGCGGGUGAAAACCGCCACCACGGUUGCUGCGGCUGCGGCAGCUGCUGCCGCCUAUGCAGCUGCCGCCAUCCGAGCAGCUCGGGCUGCCCAGGCCGCUGCUGAGGCAGUCAAGGACGCCCCUGCCACUAAAAUGGCUUCCUUAGCAUCCACAAUGGCCUCAUUCGGGCCCUUAGGGGUCUUUGCAGAUGUUCUGGGUACAGAGUCUUCCCGUGAGGCCACCAGCACCAUGGCAUUCGAGGAUGUCAGUGAAGAAAUGGAAGACUUGCUGGGAGACCAUGAAACAAUACCCCCACAAUUCACCUUUCCCGUCAUGCCCAGUGCCAUGUCUCAGGCCAUGCUGGCUGCCCGUCGAGCCGAGAGCUCUGAGGAGAAGAAGAAGGCUGUCCAGUACUCCAUGGGCCACAUGGCCCAAAUGCCUAUUAAACAUGACUCCCUGAAAGAAGAGUUGGCCCAGCUGUCAUCCAACCUGCAGCAGCGUGUGGCUUACCUAGCUAAAAUGAGAGAUACCUCCACACUUGGAACAGCCGUAGAGGGACUGCAGGAGAAGAUUAGCAACCUCCAGAAAUCCAGGCUACAGGAAGAGGAACUAGAGAGAAUUUGGGGCCAUCAAAUAGAAUCGAUGAAGAGUCACUACUUGGUGCUGGACAGGGCGGUGGGAAAGCUCCAGAUUCGCCUGGACGACUUUAAGACUCUCCAGGCUCAAAUCAGCAGAAUGCAUCAGGACAAGGCAGAUAAAGGCAUGUUGCUUCAGGAGCUGAAAGAAAAAGCUGACAGGAGUGCCCUGGCCAGCAAGGCAAGCCGGGCCGACCUGGAGACGGUGGCGACGGAGCUGAACGAGAUGGUCCAGGGCAUACUUUUCAAGGUAACAACCCACGAUGAUGACUGGAAGAAGGCUCUGAAGCAGCUCAAGAGAGACCUGAGCACCAAGCUAAUCCACAGUGAUCUGGACGAGGUGAAGAAGAACAUGGAAGAGAUGUGGAAAGUAGUGCAGAAGCUGCUGAUGGACAGCCUUCGAUUCGACCCUGACCGUGCUGCGGGCUUCAGGAAGAAGCUGUUUGAGCGUGUGAAGUGCAUUUCCUGCGGCCGGCCCGUGCAGAUGAUGACCAGCCCGCAGUUGAUCACCAUCCGCAAAGCCCAACUGCUACCACGGACAAGACCCGCCAGCGCCAACAGCUAUGAGUACCUGGAGCGGCAGCUGAUAAGGGAACACCAGCAGCUGCAGUUCCAGGACCUUGGAAUCCAGGCAGAUAAUGUAGACCCCUUGGUCUCCCAGCAAGACUGGGGGGAUGGGCCACGAAACACCACCCUCAGGUCCAAGACCUAUGACCUGUCGACACUCUAUCCUUAUGGGGACCCCCAAGAACUGGACUAUGACACUGCAGAGGUGGACAUCCUAGGAGUGGAUGGGAUCCUGUACAAAGGCCGAAUGGACAGCCAGUCUGGAGGCCGGCCCUUGGUCACUGGAGAGAAGGAUUUGACAGCUGUGAAGAUCCCAUGUCUCCCAGCUAAAAACAUGAGUGACCGAGUGCGUUCCAGUGUCUCAACUGGUGCCACCUAUUCCUCAGCCUUGGGUCCUCGCAUCAGUGACAGCUCUUUUGUCUCACACCCUCCGUCCUCCGAGACGCGGGCUCGGCCGUCCCUUCUGCCGCUGCUGCCACUGCUGAUUCCAUCCCCAAGGGACCCCCAGCAUGCCCCAGGAUCCACCAGGCCCAUGAGAUCUGAGCACCCCGACUCCCGAGCCAGUACACAGCCUGCAGAGGAUCCCACCCGCCUGUGAGCCCCCACUCUGAGCCUUUCCCCACUGGGUGCCCCGCUCCCAGGAAAGGGUACAGGAGCCCUGGACAUAGGGCAGGGGUCUGCAUAGGGGACCCCCUAGGUUAACCAGUGAUUGUUUUAACUUGAUGCAUAUAAAUAACAACACAGUCUUUCUUAUCUGACAUUUGCUUGGACGACACAACUUUUGUUCUGUUUUGUUUUGGUUUUUUUGUGGUACU